AUGGCGAUAAAUCUGAAUUUUGAAGAUGAACAACAUCGUUUACAAGAGCAAAAUAUUCGUCGAUUUCGCGAGCUUGAGUUGAGUAAACUAAGUGAAGACGAUGAAAUCAUCGCUCGUCGAGAACUUGAAAAGUAUGAUGAAUUGGAACGAGAAAUCCAGACACUUAAUGGCGAAGAUAAACGACGUGUAGAAGAAUAUGAAUGGGAAAUAAAUGACACAAAUAAAAAUAUUUCAAUAGCCAAUAAAGAACUCGAUGAUAUGGAAAAACAACUUGGUACACUUCGUAUAGAACAAGAAACAGAAGCGAAAAAACUUCAACAACGAACUGACACUCUUGCAAAUCUUACAGCACAAAUAGAACGUCUGCAAAAAGAACUUGAAAUACUACGAAAACAGCAACAUGAUUUAACUGUUGAGCAAGAUGAACUGCAGUUUAAUCUUACACAACAGCAGCGAGCACUAGAAGAAGAAAAUAAACGGCUGGCCGAUAUCGAACAGAAAAUGACUAUAUUGAAUAAUCAGAAAUCUUUGUUAGAAGAACAAAGAAACAAACUGAAUGGAGAGUUGCAAAGUGCUCAAACUGAAGAAACUGCUCUUGAAACGCAAAUAAGAAAUCUUGAUCGCGAAUUAGGACGAUUACAAGAUCAAGAGAAGAUAUUAAGCAAAGAACUUGAACAAUCAAAGAAUGUUGUCAAGCAAAUUACCAAGCAAAUACAAAAGAAUCAAGACGAAAUGGCUAAAUGUCAAGCAAACAUAGAAGAGAAAAAUCGUGAAAUAGACGAAUUGGAAAGGAACCAGCUGCAAAUCGAGUCUCAAAUCAAAUAUUUAGAAGAAUCGAUUCAACGUCUUAGAGAAAUGAUCAAACAAAGCAACCAACAGAAACGUGACUUGAACGUGUAUCUUAAUCAGAAGAACGCUGAUAGAGAAUCGGCCGAAAAUGAAGAAAGAGCUGCUGAGAAUGCCGUUCAACAAUUAAAACAAGUUCUUGACGCAUUGCAAAGAGAAUUGAAAACAUUGGAAGAUCAAUUGGCACAAUUAACAAGAGAAACCAAUCAAUUGACAGAACAAUAUCGUCAAGCGGAGAAUGAACUUCAGCAAGCAAGGGAAGCCAAAGCACAACUUGAUGCCGCUACUGACCAGCUCAAACAAUUGAGAGAAGAACUCAGGCGUCAAGAACAAUUGGAACUACAAAUACAAACGGCUUUUGAGACUCAGCAAACUGUCGUGAAUAAAGCACAAGAUAAUGCUAAUGAAGCAGAUCGGGAAGAAAGCAUAGCCAAGGAAGAUGCAAAUCAGGCAAUGCGAGAACAAAAACAAGCCGAGGCCGAAGUGGAAGACAUCAAAGCCAAGUUGAACAACUCCAAAUCCUCUGGUCUAAUAUAUGGUUUAGCUGGUAUUUUAGGUACGAUUUUUGGUGGACCGGCUGGUGGCAUUGCUGCUGUUAGUGCAGCAGUGGAACGAAAAUUGAACGAAACUGAUAGCAAAAUUAAGGAAAAUCGCAACCGCAUUCAAGAAUUAUCUAAUAAAUUGGAAACAAAGGAACAAGAGUGCAAUGACCAACAUGGUUUAUACACUAAAGCUAAUGAUGAUGUCCGACAACAUCAAACGACUAAGGCAAAUUUGGAUGGACGCAUCCAAAGUUUGCACAAUAAUUGGGUAUCAAAACGAAUGUGGAUGACAAAUGCCACUAAAGAUGUUGCUAACUUGCGUGAAAAUAUCGGUAACAUUAAAUUAAGGAGACAACAAGAGGCACAAGCAAAGUUAAAAGAAAAGAAGGAACAAGAAGCUUUUUUGAACAAUUCAAGAACAAUGAACAAUGUUCAAGAAAAACGUCGAAUGAAUUAUAAAAAAUCUUAG